UUGAGGCGUAUUAUUUCAAAUUUUGACAGUCUUGUAUAAUGAAAGAUUGACAAGAACACAAAACGACAUGAGUCAGAAUUUUUCGGGAUUUACCCAUCUUUUGAUUCCUAUUCCUCCGUAUCUCAGAGCUUUUUUACUGGGCUUUUUGACUCACCUUCGAAUCCCAAGUUUUGCAAAGAGGAAAGUCCCACUUCAUCUUGCGCUGUUUUCUUCUUCAAUACGCGGGUUUUUUUACAUAUUACAUGGAAAGGGAAAUAAAGAAUUAAGAAAAAUGAGCGUUUCUUUGACGGUAAUGACCUUUAAUCUUCUUGAAGAUCAGGUAGAAGGCAGCCCAAAUUCAUGGGAUAAAAGGAAGGAUUUGUGUGUAACAGUCAUCACCAGUUACUCUCCAAUGAUUCUUUGCACCCAACAAGGCUUGAAGACACAAUUGGAUUAUCUUCAGCAAUGCUUGCCUGAUUAUGAACAUUUUGGAAUAUCAAGGAAAGGAUCUGACGACACUUCAGAUCAACAUUGCACUAUCUUUUAUGAUAAGGAAAAGGUUGAGCUGCUGGAAGGUGGAACUUUUUGGUUGUCAGAGUCGCCUUCAGUGCCUGGAAGCACAUCAUGGGGGUCUGCAGAUCCAUGCAUUGCAACGUGGGCUACAUUCCAACUAAAAGGAGUUGAGCCACCGGGUUUUUCGUUUGAAAUCGUGAAUACAAACAUGGAUGAGUUCAGUCCUCGUGCUCGUAGGCGGGGUGCUUUGCUCACAUGGCAGCAUAUUGCAUCCUUACCUCCUAGCUUGCCUGUUGUGUAUUGUGGAGGAUUUAAUACACAAAAGGAAUCAACUACAGGACGUUUUCUUCUUGGACGAUCAAGAGAACAUGGCGUUGUAGGUGAUAUGAGAGAUGCAUGGCCAAAUGCCCGUGUGAGGAAAAACGUCUCUCUAAUUCGGACUUAUCAUGGAUUUAAAGGUAACAAGCAGGGGACUCUUGAAUUCCUGAAGUUAAUAUUCAGAGCACUUUGCCUCUGCUGGGAUCGCCAAACCCAGGAUCUGCACAUCGAUUGGAUACUUUUUAGGGGUAGAUCACUGGUACCUGUCUCUUGUGAGGUCGUGAAUGAUAAUGUUGAUGGACUUUAUCCUUCGUCUCACUAUCCUAUAUUUGCUGAAUUUAUGCUUCCCCGUGCUGUGAGAUUGAUCGAGCCACCCACUCAAGAUUGAAACCACUAUCCAUCGCCCACCCGGGUUUUGGUCCCUCUGUUUUAGUACAAUGUUCAUCAAUCUUUUGGUUUUCUACUUCUAAUGUGUCUUCGUGUUUGUUGACUAUGUUAAACAUCGCUAGUUUUUCCAUCAAGGAUUGGUGCGUAAGUAGUGCCUACAAGGUGUUGAAGAUGACGGAUUUUAUUUACGUGCUUGACUAUCUCUUUUGCAAUAAAAAGAAUUUUUUUUUUCAA